AUGUUCACCGGCUACAACUCGAAGAAACGUGUCAACGAGCGCUACAAGAUUGUUGGCUUCAUCAGCAGCGGUACCUAUGGCCGUGUCUACAAGGCAGAAGGCAAAAAUGGCUUCACCGGAGAGUUUGCAAUCAAGAAAUUCAAGCCAGACAAGGAGGGUGAAUUACAGUACUCGGGCAUCUCACAAUCGGCUAUCCGCGAGAUGGCUCUCUGCACGGAGCUCGCACACCCAAAUGUCGUGCAUACGGUAGAAAUCAUCCUAGAGGACAAAUGCAUCUACAUCGUGUUCGAAUAUGCUGAGCAUGACCUGCUUCAGAUCAUUCACCAUCACAAUCAGCCGCAGCGACAGGCAAUACCUGCGCGGACAAUCAAGUCCAUUCUCUACCAGCUUCUGCAAGGACUCGUCUACCUCCACAGGAACUGGGUCAUGCACCGUGACUUGAAGCCAGCCAACAUUAUGGUCACCAGCGCGGGAAAAGUGAAGAUUGGCGAUUUGGGUCUCGCUCGACUAUUUUACAAGCCACUUCAGUCAUUAUUUUCUGGAGACAAGGUUGUGGUGACCAUCUGGUAUCGAGCGCCUGAACUCCUGUUGGGCAGUCGCCAUUACACACCAGCGGUCGAUCUGUGGGCCGUUGGAUGCAUCUUCGCCGAGCUGCUAUCGCUACGGCCUAUCUUUAAGGGAGAAGAAGCAAAGAUGGACAGCAAGAAGACGGUGCCGUUUCAACGCAACCAGAUGCAGAAGAUCGUCGAGAUCAUGGGCAUGCCAAGCAAGGAUCGUUGGCAGCUGCUGACCGCCAUGCCAGAGUACCCUCAGCUGACGUCGCUCAUUGCAGGAAAUGCUGCAAGAUUUCCGCGUCCACAAGGCGGGGAUGGACUGGAGCGGUGGUAUCACCAGACACUCAACAAUAACCAGUAUCCCAUUGGCAACGGGCCAGAUACCCCCGGCCCUGAGGGACUCUCUUUGCUCAAGCAGCUGCUCGAGUACGAUCCGCAGAAGCGACUUACGGCAGAAAAGGCGCUCCUGCAUCCCUACUUUACCAUUCACGGCAAGCCAUCGGAGAAUUGCUUUGAGGAUUCAAAGAUCAAAUACCCCGUGCGAAGAGUCAGCCAGGAGGACAAUGACAUUCGCACGUCUAGUCUGCCAGGCACCAAGAGGAGUGGGCUGCCAGACGACUCGAUUAUUGGACGGCCUGCGAAGCGUUUGAAGGAGGGGUGA